AUGGCACUGUUACGUCAUGAUACUGCUGACUUCAAUGGGAUGCCCUUUGUGGUCUCUGCACCGGUCCUAGACCUAGAUGAGGACUAUGUUAUCGGAUCAUUACGUCCUUUCGGUUUCGAAUCGUCUUGCGGAAAGCGUUGGCCUCUCGAGGGACGUGAAAGAGGUCUUUGUAAGCAACUCCUUGAAAAGUUGUCUCAAAACGAGCACUCCCGUACGAACUCCUGGCCUACAUUAGAGUCAGUCGAGAUCAUCAUCCGGAGUCGAUUCCUAAGCAAGAGGGAUGUGUGGAGGUUCCAACUGAAGUUGUUGGGCGCGGUCGUCUACAACAACAUGCCGCCGCCGUUCUCGGACUCCCUCUACUGUGCAGAGGUUGUGGGCAUGACGUCCAACCCGGCACCCGUCAGCCCGUCCAAGCUGCGCCGGAGGAUCGCUGGCCCAACUUCAACUCAUUUGCUGAGAUCAUGUGGGAUAGUCGGCAGCCAGACGAAAGUUGUCUUCCGGACAAUGAGCUCCCACUUGAACAUUUACAUACACUUGUCGUGGGAGAUGUGGUGCUUCGCCCAGGAUGGCCAACCCCACUUCGAACGGGCCCUGUCCUUCCUUAUAAACCUGCUAGCUGGUAUACGAAAGGCCGGCACAAUGUGCAAUCACUAUCUCACUCUGCUUACGGCGAUACGACUGCAGCCUGUGGACCCGGACAGGGCUGGCGUGGGAGACGACGUGCCACCUACGGGGGAAGACGGCAAAUUCGUUUUCGAUGAUUAUUAUGAUAUUAUCUAUGAUGGUAUGACGUCGAAGUUGGACACUGGGGAGCUGGUCCGAGGCCUUCGCAGGAUGUUCCUGCAGUUCCCUAGUGCGAUAGGAUGGACACCGCCAUGCUUCCCUAAUAAAAGCCAUGCAUCACAGUUGAAGAACUGGGAGAGGGCUGACUACCCCCGAACGGGUUGGGUGCCUGCAAGAUGCCGAGAUUCUAACGUAUUGGAGUGUAUCUCGUUGAGCGCUGACCAGUUUGAUCAAAAUCACUUGGAUAGGAAGCUGUACACGACUGGACAGGAAGUGGUGGUGAUAGCCGCGACCGAUGGGGUAUUCCGGGCUACAUGUGAGCCUAAGGAGGACUAUGUUGAGUGCAUCAAACGGAAGUGUCUACAGGGUGUAUUCAGUGCGAAGGUUAUCUGCUUACGACCACCUCCUAUGAACCAGGCGCCUAUCAUUCUCAUCUCGAAGGAUCAGUCUACUUGCAGACGACCGAAGUCGCGGAAUCCCGACAUGCAACGUUUGGGCGAUCAGUCGGACCUUCCUCGUUAUUUCCUCAGAGUAGUUUUCUCUAUGUCAGAGGCUCGUGGCUCCACUCCCACUUUGACGUCUAUGAUGCCUCCUGGCUGA